UCAAGUCAAUGUGUACUCUGCUGCUGGUGUCUCAGGCGGGCUGUGGACUGUGAAUAACACCCAGCAGUUCAAGCCACCAUUACCAAAGAAGCAGUCUGUGAGAUGCCAGCCCUCUGGACUGUGUCGCUUCCCUAGAGAAAACAAGUCUCUCUCUCUAUGCUUGGAAAAGUGCAAAACCUCUGAACACUACAAACCUAUUCGAGAACGUCAGCUCCCUUUGUGCCUGAGAAGGCACUCUGAUCAAAGCAAAUCUUUUUACACAUUUCCCAAAAGCAAGCAUGCCUGCUGAACACUGCGAGGUGUCUGAACUAAUUGAAACCAUGGAAUCAAGUGAGCCUUCUGCACAAUCUGCUGAACCCUGCAUCAUUUCGGACAAAAUAAAUAACUCUUUGGACUAUACUGGACACCAGAAGGUCAAUGGACAAAUGGAUCCCGCUGUGCAGAUUGUCGAUCAUUACAGCAUGAAUGGAGAACAUGCAGAAGAGAGCAAACCUUUUGUGCAUUAUAAUGGACAUUCUGUGGGGUAUGAGCAAUGCAUCACCAAGCCUUGUGAGGACUAUCCUGUUCUCCACAAGCACACUAAUCAGUAUAAGUCUUCUGAGUUAAGCAAAUCAUUUGAAGAAUGUUCUCAAAAUUGUGAGUGCUUUGACUUCAGCAAGUCCUCUGAGCACUAUGCUAAUGACUGUCUAGCUUCUGUAUUUAGCCAACACUGUGAACAUUUCACAGAAUGCUUCCAGUCAUCUGAACAAUGCAGGUCUUCUGAUCAACACUGUAAGUCCUUUGAGUCAAGCGAACCUGCUGAGAACUCUGAGUUUUUAGCGCAAUGUAAGAUAUCUGACUUCAUACCUGACAUCUCUGAAUCCAAUGAAUCAAAAAUAUCAUUUGAGCACUAUACUGGAAUUUGUGAGUAUUCAGAAAAAUACAAUCAUAUUGAUGACCCAACAGAAUAUAAUGAGACUACAAAGCCAAUUGAUGAGGAUUUAAAGCCCUCUCAGCCAACAUUUCAACAAAUUGAAAUAUGUGGGCUUUUUGACUCUGAGUUUUGCAUAAUAUUAGAACCUAUACAUUCUUCAGAUUUGAACAUGCCUUCUCAACACUAUGCUGAACAAGAUUCUCCCAAUGAAAGUAGACAUGUCUCUGAAGUUCAUGAACCUUCUGAGCAAACUCUGCUUGCUGAACAAAGCAAUCAUCAAUCUGCUGACUAUGAUAUGCCCUCUGGGCACUGUGAACUGCAAAAUGCGUUCUAUGAGCAAAGAGAGACAAGUGUACAGUGUGAACUCUCUGAGCAAUGUAAAUAUUGUGAGAGCUAUCCUUGUCAACAUAAAAGCACAAAUGACAAAUGCUAUGAGCCUAGCAGUUCAUUUUAUUAUGAGGAAGACAAGUCUUCUGACUGCUCAUCCAUUGAAACAAGGUCUUUUGAAUCUUUGAUUUAUGACAGUAUAAAUUUAGACCCAUUAACUGAUUCAGCUGAAUUCUAUGAAGCGUUGGUGGAAGAAGGAGCACAGGACAAAUCCAGCUCAGAUAUAUGGGAAUCAUUUGAUAAUUGUACAGUUGUGGUAGAAUGUGAAGAAAGCAAUGCUGAUGAAGACAAACCUCACUCGGAUGCAGUCGUUGUUGAGGGAUUCUUUGACUUAUUUGAUAAAGAGGAUACUUAUACUUUUGCCCAAAGGCAACCUUAUACCUCUUGUUUUGAAGGGGGAGGGGUGCAUGAGUUGUUUUUUGAACAAUGCAAAACUCAUGUGUCCAUUAUGAAUGAGGAACAAACACAAAUGCCCUGCGCCAAAAAAGGGCUUGAAGUUUUUCAUCAAGAAGUGGAAGAAGUUGAUGAAUCUUAUGAUGCUUGUGCUGAUGAUGGACAAUUUAAUGUAGACUGUACUGAUGAUGAGACAUCCGCCUCUGGAUCCUUUGCAGAUGAGGAAUCAUGUGAAUCUUGUUUUGAAGAAGCCACAGCUUAUGAAGUUGAGUUUUAUGAAGCUUUUGUAGCAGAAGACAAUGCUAUUGAGGCUGAGGCCUAUGAGCCCUUUGUUGAGGAAGAGGAACUUUGCAUUGCUGAAAAUGAAGCUGGUGACGCUCAGGCCAAUGGACCCUUAGUUGAUGAGGACAACACGUACGACGAACACAGUGCAGAAGAAGCAUCUCAUGGAUCCUCUUCUGACGUGUCUUCUGUUGAAGAUGAUGAAGCAUCUGAGGGCCAAAAUGAUCUAACUUAUGAACCAUGCUUUGAAGAAGAGGAAACUUGUGAUGAAGAAUACCAGACAAUAUGCGUCGCAGAAGACGAAUUAUACAACCAAUAUGCUGAAGACAAAGCUUAUGGAUCCUAUGGGCCGUGUGAUAAAGAUUGCGAUGCAUAUGGCAGGGAACAUACACAAUUCUCUACCGAAGGGGAAGAUAAUGCACUAUGCACUGAGGCCUGUGAACCAAGUGCUGAAGAGCACCAUGAAUAUCAAAGUGAAGACAAUGAAUCUAAUGUUAAUCAAGAAGCUAAUGGAUUCUGUACUGAAGAAGACUCUCAUGAUCAGUGUAAUGAUGAAAUGGAUUAUGACAGCACUCCUGAGACACAUUUGAAAGGUGAAGUCUGCACUGAAGAGAGAAAGAAUGGUGCUCCAUGUGCUGAGGAGAAUGAAUCCCCUGAAUCAUUUGAGGUUAUAACCAAAGACACCGCAUUAUGCACUGAAGGAAGCAAACCAGCUAUGCCUGAUGGUAUUGAAUUCAAUGGGGAUCAAACAGAUUCCUCCACAACCUCUUCCGAAGAGAUAGAUGAGCGAAGCAAGUCAUCUGAAUUGUGUGAGCAGCUAAACACACCAUAUCUGUCUCAGAACUGGGAGGAACACAAUGGUGUCUCAGAGCAUCUCCAACACCCAGAGUCAGAGGACCUUUCAGAGCAGGUGUCUGAGGAAACAAGCCUCCCUCUUGAUGGUGCUGAACUUAGUAAAGACUCCAUAGACCGCGAGCCACUUGCACAUCACGCCGAACAAACAGAGCCCUCCGAACAAAGUGAGCUGGAUGAGAAAAUGCAGUUGCAUGAAUUUUUUAAGAUUGUGGCCUCUGAACAACUAAGUGAGGAGUCUGAGGAGGAGCUGAGUGACGAUGAGUCCUUUGAGUCCUGUGAAUGCGAGUACUGCGUCCUGCCUAGAGAACAGGUCCCGGCAAAACCUCUGCUACCUCAAAUCAAGUCAAAAGACUCAGGGAAGAUCUGUGUGGUGAUUGAUUUGGAUGAAACAUUAGUGCACAGUUCAUUCAAGCCUGUGAACAAUGCUGAUUUUAUCAUUCCAGUGGAAAUUGAUGGAACAGUUCACCAGGUGUACGUGUUGAAGCGACCCAAUGUGGAUGAGUAUCUCAAAAGAAUGGGGGAGUUGUUUGAGUGUGUUCUGUUCACUGCCAGUUUAUCCAAGUAUGCCGAUCCAGUCUCCGACCUGCUGGAUAAAUGGGGUGCCUUCCGACACCGCCUCUUCCGGGAGUCCUGCGUGUUCCACCAAGGAAACUAUGUUAAAGACCUGAGUCGGCUGGGCAGGGACCUCAACAAAGUCAUCAUUGUAGACAACUCCCCAGCCUCCUACAUCUUCCACCCAGAUAAUGCUGUCCCCGUAACAUCCUGGUUCGAAGACAUGGCCGACACAGAGCUACUAGAUCUCAUCCCAUUCUUCGAGAGACUAAGCCAAGUGGAAGAUGUCUACGAUAUUCUCAAGCAGCAGGGGAUUGCAAGCUAGUGCGUAAUUAGACACUGGCGGCAACUUUUCACCACACGGGGGCCAUAGAAGAAGCUGGUGGGCAACAUGAUUCAAGUUUCUUCCCACUAGAAGGACCUGCUAGUGUCUCUCGGUCAUUGUCGUCCUCCAAAUUCCAUACACACAAAACGUGAUAGAGAGGCCACUCAGUUUGGCACAGAGACGGAACAAUGAGGAACUGCUUUAUGGCAAACAUUGAAAAGAAUGGUAUCAAUUAUUUUUUCACAUUUGAUGCGGUAAUCACCUCUUGGUUAUGACUUUUCGCCCUGAAGACAAGGUUAAGCGAAGCCCUUUUUCAUGGAACGGUGAUCAUUUAAAUGUCCUUUUCGCAAACUAUUUGGUGAAUACGAUAUACAAAACAAAGGGGUUUCAUCUUGAGAUCAAGAUAACUCAACCCAUUCCCACGUUUUAAUAUAUUUUACCCAAAAUGCCUAAGUAAGGGCAUACUUAACAACAAUCAUUCAAAUAUUAUUGUUUCCUAAAAUAUCCUGCUGUACCACAAGUAUAAUGUUUUAAAAAAUGUCACCCCCUUUUAACUGAACAUUAUAUCAUGUGUUUUUUGCAACAUGAGAUACUAUUUUUGGAAAUUAUUCACUACGUGUGUGUGUGUGUGUUUGUGUGUGUGUGUGUCAAGGAUGUAUGAUUAUGACGAAGGAUGGACUGUAGCAACACACAGAAAGCAUGCAUUCAGACGAAGAGGUUUGAGUUUGGUCAGUGUUUAGUUAUGCUGUCUGUUAGUAAUCAUGCUUAAAAUACUGGAAUCACAUCAGUCAAGGAUUAUGAUGACCCAUUUAUCCAUUAUAUCAGAUAAGUGUUUACACCCAUCCCCGUUUGAAAUGUAUUACACGCACAAAUAACCUUAAUCAUAAUUUGACAAUCAUUCACUGAAGUACAUUAUCAACUGAAGGGUGUAUUGUCCUUUGUCCUGGAGCCUUUUCAGGAGGAUGUAACAUUACAGAACGUUCAGAUAUCAAUGUAUCAUGUGGAACAGAAACUAUUGUCUGUCAGAUAGAAUAUAGAAUUGUGUCAGCUCAAUUCAUUAUAUUUCUAUCUGCACCAUUCAGCGAGUUCCACCUCCCUGAAUACACCUCUGAAUAGGCAAUAGCCUACAUGUACAGUGCAUACGGAAAGUAUUCAGACUCCUUGACUUUUUCCACAUUUUGUUACGUUAUUGCCUUAUUCUAUAAUUGAUUCAUUUUGAUUUUAAAAAUCCUCAACAAUCCACACACAAUACCGCAUAAUGACAAAGCAAAUACAUUUUUUUUAAACAUUUUUGCAAAUGUAUUAAAAAUAAAUAACAGAAGUACAUUAUUUACAUAAUUAUUCAGACCCUUUUCUAUGAGACUCGAAAUUGAGCUCAGAUGCCAGGGCCUUGGUCAGGGAGUUAACCAAGAACCCAAUGGUCACUCUGACAGAGCUCCAGUUCCUCUGUGGAGAUGGGAGAAUCUUCCAGAAGGACAACCAUCUCUGCAGCACUCCACCAAUUAAGCUUUCAUGGUAGAGUGGCCAGAUGGAAGCCACUCCGCAGUAAAAGGCACAUGACAGCGGGCUUGGAGUUUGCACACACUCUAGCAGGGAUUUUGGCCCACUCCUCUACACAGACCUUCCCCAGAUCCUUCAGGUGUCGGGGCUGUCGCUGGGCAAUACGGACUUUCAGCUCCCUCCAAAGAUUUUCUAUUGUGUUUCAGGUCAUUGUCAUGCUGGAAGACCCAGCCACGACCCAACUUCAAUGCUCUUACUGAGGGAAGGAGGUUGUUGGCCAAAAUCUCGCGAUACAUGUCCCCAUCCAUCCUCCCCUCAAUACGGUGCAGUCGUCCUGUCCCCUUUGCAGAAAAGCAUCCCCAAAGAAUGAUGUUUCCACCUCCAUGCUUCAUGGUUGGGAUGGUGUUCUUGGGGUUGUACUCAUCCUUCUUCUUCCUCCAAACACGGCGAGUGGAGUUUAGACCAAAAGGCUCUAUUUUUGUCUCAUCAGACCACAUGACCUUCUCCCAUUCCUCCUCUGGAUCAUCCAGAUGGUCAUUGGCAAACUUCAGACGGGCCUGGACAUGCGCUGGCUUGAGCAGGGGGACCUUGCGUGCGAUGCAGGAUUUUAAUCCAUGACGGCGUAGUGUGUUACCAAUGGUUUUCUUUGAGACUGUGGUCCCAGCUCUCUUCAGGUCAUUGACCAGGUCCUGCCGUGUAGUUCUUGGCUGAUCCCUCACCUUCCUCAUGAUCAUUGAUGCCCCACGAGGUGAGAUUUUGCAUGGAGCCCCAGACCGAGGGUGAUUGACCAUCAUCUUGAACUUCUUCCAUAUUCUAAUAAUUGCGCCAACAGUUGUUGCCUUCUCACCAAGCUGCUUGCCUAUUGUCCUGUAGCGCAUCCCAGCCUUGUGCAGGUCUACAAUUUUUAUCCCUGAUGUCCUUACACAGCUCUCUGGUCUUGGCCAUUGUGGAGAGGUUGGAGUCUGUUUGAUUGAGUGUGUGGACAGGUGUCUUUUAUACAGGUAACGAGUUCAAACAGGUGCAGUUAAUACAGGUAAUGAGUGGAGAACAGGAGGGCUUCUUAAAGAAAAACUAACAGGUCUGUGAGAGCCGGAAUUCUUACUGGUUGGUCGGAGAUCAAAUACCUAUGUCAUGCAAUAAAAUGCAAAUUAAUUACUUAAAAAUCAUACAAUGUGAUUUUCUGGAUUUUUGUUUUAUAUUCCGUCUCUCACAGUUGAAGUGUACCUAUGAUUUAAAAAAAUGACCUCUACAUGCUUUGUAAGUAGGAAAACCUGCAAAAUCGGCAGUGUGUUAAAUACUUGUUCUCCCCACUUUAGUUGUUUGAAAACUUGUUAAACCAUGUUUAUUUUACCUAUGUUAAAGAUGUCAUGUUUUAUUUCGUAGAUUAAUUGAUAUUGACUAAAUAAAAUGUGCUAACUUUUAAUAAUUCUAGUACGGUGUCCAGGUUGGGAUAUGGUUUGUAAUCCAUAUGCUGGAGUUGUAUGUGUGAAAUUUGGUUUUAACAAGCUAAAUGUAUGCUUCUGUUCUUUCAAGUACUUGAACUAGACUUUUUUUAUAUGCAAUAUCAUAUUGCAAGUCUAAUGUGGUGCUCAUUUAACCUGUACAGUCAGUUGAGUGGGUUGCCUUUUCAUAACUCCUUGUAAUCAUGCCUUGUAACGAUCUUAGUUUUCUUCAUGACACUUCCUGACGUGUUUGCUUGUGCAUGUACGUGACUACGUCUCUGUGCAUGCGGAUCUGCGUUACCUUAAAAAUACAAUUCAGCAAUAAUUUGACAAGAUCUACGUCUUUAAAUACAAACAUUAUUUUAAUGACUUUAAUCAUUUGCUGUUAGUUUUUUUACUGCAUGCAACAAGAGCGUUAACAUCCAUGUACUGUAAAGAAACUGAAACUGCUAAUGAAUUAUAAGAACUAUAAAACGAUUUGUACUUUCCCACAAUAAAGCAUGAUUUGUCGAAAGAG